AUGACUCCAGCUCCAUCUGUGCUCGCGGCGCUGGCUUCGGCUUGUGUCAAGACCGAUCCCUCCACGUUGUCAAAUACGUCAGCGCCGAAUCAGGCCGGUGUCAUCGUCCUCUCUGACGACGAAGACGAAGACGAGGAACUCCUCCCCAAUCCCGUCCCCAUCUCCGCCCCCACCGCCAACACCGCUGCUGCUGUUGAAGGGGCCAAUGAAGGCAACGAUGAUGACAGCGACGACGGGAUCGAAUUUCUCGGCUCUUCAGGCCCUUUGUCUGCUAUCCUCAACGCGCAACCUCGCAAUGUUUCCGCUCAAGCACUCAGUCGUGUCGCUACACGUGUGACCUCCUCGAAUCGGAUCACACUGGGCAAAAGGCGAGCGACUGACGAGGGCACAGCGGAUGGAGGCUGGGGCAAAAUGGUGAAAAGUCUUCCUGCUCAAUUCUACACCAGUUCUGUCCGUGGUGCCGGUACUUCUUCUGAUGCUGCUGCUUCGACGAAGGCGAAGGAAGGCGUCAAGACAGAGCCUCUUGCUCCCUCAGUACCCAUUGCUGCCGCGUCGACCGAAGGCCGGAUCAGCGAGUGGACUGUCACCGCUACAGCCGCUGUCGAACCGUGGCGACCGCCAACACCACCGCACUCGACCUCUUCGGGUUCUUCCAGCUCGAUGCCGAACCGAUUCGAAUGCAACCUGGGCGACCACGCGCGGAGGGCACUUGGUGCGAAAGAGUACCGCAAACAGAACAUCUGGGUCGAUCCCGACUUUUCGCUUGACAAUCUACCCUUCUCCAUCGAAGAAGUCCCGUCGUUUGAGCGCGGGUCGUGGCUGGGAUUGGGCACGCAUCGGUACGUGGUGGUAUCGGACAUCUACCCACGUACACAGGAGGCGGAGCGCGAGCGGGCGCGGGAAGUCAAGGCGAAGCUGCUGGGGAUGUUCAAGCAGCGAGAGUGGGGGGAGGGGGAGGAGCCGGAAGUGUCGUUUCCCUAUAUACAGAGGAUCGAUCACGACUUUGUGGACGUCAAACUGUUUACGCACCACCAUCACCUGUUGGCUCGUACGCCAGCGCACCACCUGCACUUCGAAAGACAGCCCUUCAUCGCCUUCCUCCAUGGCGCGUUCGUUGACGCCUCCCAGUGGCUCAUCCUGCAAUUCACGCAUCCAACGAUUGCCAAGCAUCAAAACGAACCCCUAUCACUCGACGAACAAGCGGAUCUGCUGGCGUUCGGCAAAACCGCCCUGAUCGCCGUCGCCCACCACCCGCGCCUCAAGCGCAUUGCCACUCCCCUCAGCCUCUGGCUCCUCCCCACAGGCUACCCGCACAACGACCAGCUCGCCGCCGCCCACAACUGGACCAGCACUCCCGAAUACACCCUACUCCUCAAACGCAUCCCCUGCUCUCCCGAUGUACACCUGCCCUCCCACAUCGAGGUGCGCGACCCCGGUCAACGCGCCAAAGGAGGCGCGCAUGGUUACAAGCGCUGGAUCAAGCUCUGGUGGGACGGCAGGCACAUCGACCUGUGCAACUACUGCAAGAACGCCGACGACGGACACACCAACGCCCAAUGCCCCAACGAGCGCAGAUGCGAUACAGGCAAGCCGAGAGCCGUCAAGUACCGCCCCGCCGUAUACUAG